AAAUUACCCAGUCAUUUGUUUGCUCUGACAUUUUCCAACUUGGAAUAGCUCGCCAUCCAAAUGGAGGGUUGAAUGAACCCCCCCGCGAUUACCAAAACAUCCUGCAAUCAUUACAAAAAAAAAAGUAAAAAUUGAUAACAUCCAUCAUAUGUCCCAUUAAAUCGUCCCCUCGAAAAAUGUACAACGAUUUAUUACCACCGAGGGUCCACGAGUUUCUCGAUAAUUUCGAGUCAAGUCUUUGCCUACCGAUUCUCAUUAUCCUGGUGCUUUGUACAUUCCAUUUUAUCAUCAAUCACGUUUUCGACAUCGGAUGCUCAAUCGCAUCAGCAAUGGAGGGUGGCAGAGUUGAGAUGGACUUGGAUCUGGACGAGAGCCCAUGUCAACCAUUAGCAACUAAGAUUAAAGGGAUGUUCUACAAUGCCGCAUGUACUAUGAUACCCGGUGAAUCAGUGAAUGCACAAACAUCUACUCCACUGUUUUCCCCACUUCCAAACGGUCGUAGAAGCAAUGCGAAACGAGGAGAGACGCGAACCUGAUGGAAUCAAAUAAAUCUCACGACAAACUUGUCGACUUGGGAUAAAUCACUGAAAACUAUUUUCUUAAACAAGGAAACGUGUAUUUUUCAUUAUAUUCUUUUUAUACUCUUUAUCACUUUAUCUUUUCUCCCCAUUUCAAAAACUCUGCAGCUCUUUUCAAUCGAUAUAGAUACAAUUUAAGGUUUUUAUCAUCUCGGUUUUGUUCUUUUUUUUGGCUUCUCAUUCAUUUGGAUUAUUAUUUCAACUAAUUCAGAUUUCUCUACGAUUACAUGGUUGACGUCGUUACAUAAUUGAUCUAGGUAACAAGAUAUAUCAUUAUUGUUUCGCUUAAUGCAGAUCUUGUGGUAUUAAUUCUCAUUAUCCACGUGACACAUUUUUUUAUAGUUUACACUUGGUAUAAUUGUCUCAGUGUUUCGUUAUCUCACUUUUAUUUCACUUACAUCACUGAUUCAACUCUACAAUUAGCGUUUUCUCAUAAUUCCGGUUGUGGUGUUUUUUUUUUCUUUGUUUGGAAUAAGUCAGCAGUUGCUGUUAUAAAUUAGAGAUAGUUGUGUCGAGGGGCAGUAAGGGGUGCAACUGGAGAAUGAGAAGGGAAUGGGGAGGAUUAAUUCAUUAAUUAGAGUAUAGUGAUGGGAUGAGAGGGAUGAGAGGGGCCUGUGCCAAAAAGUUUUCAAUCGGAUUUAGCUCGACUCGUGAUGAAAUGUUCGACGAAAAUUUUAAAAUUCAAUUACUGUUUAAACGUGGGAAAUGAUGAUAACGUAAUAAACGUUUACGUCUCGUUCCAUAUGCCCUGUUUCCCCUCUAUUCAGUAAGGAAAUAAAUGUGGAGGGGAAAUGCCGUUAUUAAUGGGGGGUUAAUGGAUAAGAUGAUAAUCUGUUGGUUUUUUUUUGUUUUUAGUGGAUGUGAAUUAAGGGGAAUUAUUUUAAAUUGUGAAUAAUUCGGAAGUGGAUUUUCAAGCCGGAAAAUGGCGGAUUCAAUAUGCAGUAGCAAUAACUAUGCCAUUAAAUUCCCGGUGUUUAUGGGGAUAUGUAACGGCGGGUGAACUGAAUUUUUCAGGGUAAUGAUUUUUUCGGUGCUCUGGGUGGAUUUUCGAGUGUCGCAGGUUGAUUUAAUGUUUUGGAAUGGAACGAUUUUUAGAAUUUGAAUGGUGAAAAGCUUCUACCCUUUCCUCAUGUUUUAUGAAUUCAGUGAAUGACGUAUUUUUACAUUGGAAUUUACAUUUCGGAUUUUUCAGUUUUCACUGGGUCUGUACAAAAAAAAAUGAAUGAAAAAUCGUUAUCUUCUUAUUCUAUCCUGUAAUUAGGACAACAUUUCAAUCCAACACUCGGAAAUAAUUUUUCCCUCGCAGAUAAAAGGAUUGAUAUGACUGAAAUUUUUUAUGAAUGCAAAAACGUUUCGCUUUUUUUUAGUAAUUUUUUAGCUCAGGAAUUACCGCAUGUUCAGGGGAAAGUAUUUUGAAUUUUUCAAUGAAUGAACAAA